UUUGUAUGAGGUGCAUUGUCUAUAUCUCGUUAGAGUAAAAGUGUUCUGUGGUCUAUAUGUAUAGAACGUCAUUGACUGGAACUGUUUAUAUUAUAUUCUUCGGCCACUGUUAUUGUUAUUUUUCUCCGUAAUGUAAUAAAUGUUAUAAAUUUAUAAUGUGAUAUUAGUACACUUACAUACAUUUUAAAUUAUUCACGAAAACUUUAAGAAAUGUAUUAAAACUACCUGUCUACUUCUAUUACAAAAAUGGAAAACUAUAUUAUUUUGUCCUUUAUUGGGGAAGGAUCAUUUGGGAGAGUUUUUAGAGCAAAGCAUAAGGAUACAGAUGCUACUGUAGCCUUAAAAGUCAUCAGAAAGAAAGGGAGAUCUUCUAAGGAUCUCAAAGACUUAAGACAAGAAUGCGAUAUCCAGAGGCAACUUAAGCAUCCAAAUAUAAUUCAAAUGACAGAUAGUUUUGACACAGAAUCGGAACUGGUUAUUGUAACAGAAUAUGCUGAAAAAGAAUUACAUAGCAUCCUUGCUAAAGAAGGGUGCUUGGAAGAGGAGCAAGUAAAGAAAAUAACAUGGGACUUGGUAUCUGCACUGUAUUAUUUACAUUCACACAGAGUACUUCAUAGGGAUCUGAAGCCACAGAAUGUAUUAUUAGACAGUACUGGGUGUGCGAAGCUAUGUGAUUUUGGCUUGGCGCGUACUAUGACAAAUGGCACACAUAUCCUCACAUCAAUUAAAGGAACACCACUUUAUAUGGCACCAGAGCUGAUUGAUGAAAAACCUUAUGAUCAUCAGGCAGACCUCUGGUCUCUAGGAUGUAUUGUAUACGAGUUGAUGGCAGGACAGCCCCCAUUUUGUACAAUGUCAAUUUGGCAGUUGGUUCGUAUGAUCAAGAAUAAACCUGUGCAAUGGCCAAGCUUUAUCAGUGCAGAUGCUCGUUCUUUUUUGCAGGGAUUGUUACAUAAGGAUCCAGUUAAGAGAAUGAGUUGGCAAGAAAUACUAGAACAUCCUUUCGUAUCUGGCCACAUACUCAUCCUGCCUGAAGAUGUUCAGAGUGAUUCACCAUUUACAAAGCCACUGUCUCAUAGCCAACAAGAAGCUAAAAUGUUGCAGACUGAAAAAAUGAGCAAAAAUGUAAAGGUCAAAUCAGGAGCUGAACAGAAAUUAGAAUCAAGAGAGCAUGACUUGAGAAAUAUGCGAGGUGUAAUGCAAGCAAUGGAAUGUGUGCCCAUGUCGGAUGAUGAUAGUGUACGAGCUACAAGCGCUUUCAGUGUCCGUGAUAGCCUCAAAACCGAUGACGAAGAUCAAAUGCAGCCGAUAACAGCAGCAAAUGCAAAAUUACUCCGACAUGAGUUCAAAAUCAUGAAUAAUUCUAAUCUGGUUGUGUGCAAUCUCGAGAGAAAUAUGGCACAAUUAAAGGUUGUCAACUCUCAACAUUUAAAAAUGCAUAAGAUUGAUGAAGAAAAGCACGAUAAAGACAUAAAACUAGCUGAGGACAAGAAGCCUGCACCUAACGAAGAGGUUGAAGAUGUGAAACAAAAACCAAAAUCUGGAAGUACUGCAUCACAUAGCUUAGAAAAUCCAAAAAGCACAUCUAAAUGUAAUGAUGAUGUUAGUGCAGGACUGAGUAAAAGUGUUCCACCUUCAUACAAACAAAAACUGCUGCAGUUUUCCAAGGAUAAAUUAAGAUUUGGAAGUGCUGGAAACCGAUUGACUAGGAGUAUUAAAAGAUCAUUUCAUUUUAGUAGAAGCUUAGACAAAAAUAAGACUGACACAGGGAGACGUAUUAGUGAGCCUACAAUAGAAACAACGAAUAUCUUAGAAACAGAAGUAUUAAAAUAUUCUAAGGAGGACCAAGACAAGGAUAUUGAAAAAUGUGAAGUAAUUGAAGAGAUUACAAAUGAUAAUGAAGUAGCUGAUAAUGAUGUUAUGAAAAUUGAAGAAAAAGAUGAAGUGAAAGAGCCAUCGUCAAUAGAGCUUGAGGAAUGGGCAGCAUUUCUUAACUCUAAUAUAACUGAAGUUAUAGACGGUGACGUUGAAUCUCUUACGCAGCCGAAUAUGGUUAGUAUGGUGGUAGGAGUUGUGGAAAGUGCUGCUCGCGGUGCGAAGGGCGCCAGGGUGUGCGGCGCUGUUGCCGCUCUGCUCGCUUUGCCGUCCCUCUCGCACUCGCUUCCAAGACACACGUUGCUGUGUAUACAGGAUGUCUAUCUCGAAGCGAAAGUUGUUUACAACUUCGUCGCAGCAAUCAACACAAUCAUGAAGAAUAUUAAGAAUAUUGAUGACAUUGACAAGGAAAGCCUCCAGGGAGUGAGCCGCAUGGUGGAGGUGUCCGCGUGGUUGUGCGUACGGUCGUGCCGCGCGGUGCGGCAGCUGGCGACGUCGCUGGCGACGCACCGCGCGUGCGGCACCUUCACGAGGCUGCUGUCUAUGUAUUCUACAACGCCUCGGAUAGUGCUGAACAUUGUUGGCCUGCUCAUAACCAUAUUGCAAGAUCUGCCUGAACAUUCCGAUGUUGUGGAAAGAAUAUUGUUUGAUGACAAACAGUUCCACUUCAUGAAACUUCUAGAACAAACUAGUGACGCUCUCAAAAUGAGAGUCUGUAUACUAAUAAGUCUCUUAUGUACGUAUUCGUGUACUGCGUUUUCUGCGGCGAUGGAGUCAAGAUGGAGCAAGAGAGACAGCAGUAUUCUAGAAGCGUUACACACGCAUUGCAACGUCACUUUGAAUAGAGCCGCCCGGCUUGCGAGUAAAGAACUAAACAGUAUGCCAUUUUACGUCAAUUGAUUAAGAUACGAGACUUAAGAUCUUAUGUCUCAAGGUGACGAGCGCAAUUGUAGUGCCGCUCAGGAAUUUAGGGUUUUUCAAGAAUCUUGUGUGGCACUGUAUUGUUAGAGGGCGUAUCAAUUACCAUCAGUUAAACAUCCUGCUCGUCUCGUCCCUUAUUAUCAUAAAAAAAACAGCUUGCUUACAAAGGGUAGUGACAAAUUCAAAACGUGUAAACUUGAUAAAGCUCCUAAAAAUAUGAAGGAUGGCUCAUUCGAUGCGGAAUAACGCGAAGUCUAGAAAAAAGUAAAGUUUGUUUUAGAUGUUUAAAAUUGCAGUUGUUAUUAACAAAUUGAUUUAGUAAAAAAUUUAGUAAUGAAUUCAUCGAGUAAUCGUUCUGCCGUCAUAGGUAUUAUACAUUGUACAUAAUAUACCUAAAUUAAAUUGAAGUUUCGUAUCAUAAAAAUAAUAGCUAUUUACUUAGCUAAAUGCACAUAAAUUGUUGCUAUAAUAAUUAAAUACUUAACUUUUUUUAAAUUGUUUUUAUUUUAUUCCUAUUCGGGACUCACCGUUAGUAGCUAAUCGAUACCUAUAGCUUAAGUUAUUCUAUUUAAAAUAAAUUCAUAAUAAGAUGGCUUAUAAAUUAACAUCCACCUGUACAAUGUAUUUUAAAAUGGUCUUUAAUUAGAUAUCAUCGCACUCAGAUCGUGAUUGUGAAGCGCUUAAUUCAUAUAUUUUAUAGUAAUUUAAGUUAUAAGAAUAAUUCACACAGAUUAAAUUGCGGGAAAAGACCCGCGACCUCUCGCGUUCCGUGCGAGUGCUCUUCCACUGAGCAAAUCGAGUGACGUAAAGUUCAUAAAUCUUGAUAGGUCUUCGUUCAACUCUCAGGUUGUGGCCUCAGUGGAAAAGCGCUCUGAGGAACGUACCGCGAGAGGUCGCGGGUCCCGCAUCGUUCAUAAAUUUUGUUUUUAAAUUUAAUUUGCGUAAUUACUCCCAGAAGUGAGGGUUAUCACUUUAAAAAUUACAAAUUAUUAAGAAUCAUUGAACUAAUUUUAUAUAACAUAAUUUAGUGAAAUAAGUGCCAUGUUCCCUUGAAAUGAUUAUAUUUUUACACAUAUUAUAAAA